AUGACGACCGCCAUUAACGAAGUCACGGCUCCUCUCAUUCAAAAGUCUCGGUCCGACCAAAUCCAACCCGAUGCCUCCGGUUCAAUCCCGUUGUCGCCGGACGAUCUCGAGAACUCUCCUAUCGAGCAAGUGGCUCUCACGGUUCCGACCAUAGACGACCUUUCCCUCCCAACUCUCACGUUUCGUACGUGGAUAUUGGGCACUCUAGCUUGCGUCCUCCUCUCCUUUCUUAACCAGUUCUUCUGGUACCGUCGAGAACCUCUCUCCAUCUCCUCCAUCUCCGCCCAGAUCGCGGUGGUCCCUCUCGGCCACCUCAUGGCAGCGAUGGUCACCGACAGAGUUUUCUUCAAAGGUCGGAAAUUUGAGUUCACUCUCAAUCCCGGGCCGUUUAACGUGAAGGAGCACGUGCUGAUCACGAUCUUCGCCAAUUCCGGAGCAGGGAAUGUCUACGCGAUUCAUUUAAUCAGCACCGUGAAGAUCUUUUACAAGAAGGAGAUGUCGUUUCUAGUGGCGUUGCUCGUCGUUUUUACCACGCAGGUGCUGGGGUUCGGCUGGGCCGGCGUGUUCCGACGCUACUUGGUGGAGCCGGCCGCCAUGUGGUGGCCCCAAAAUCUGGUCCAAGUUUCCCUCUUUAGGGCAUUACACGAGAAAGAGGAGAGAGCUAAGGGCAGAUUGACAAGAAACCAGUUUUUCCUAAUAGCUUUUAUUUGCAGCUUUGCCUACUAUGUGCUUCCAGGCUACCUUUUCCCAGCUUUGUCAUCCCUGUCCUGGCUUUGCUGGGUAUUCCCAACUUCCAUCUUAGCUCAUCAGUUAGGUUCAGGGCUCCGUGGCCUGGGAAUUGGUGCCAUUGGAUUUGAUUGGUCCAGCAUAUCCGCUUACCUUGGAAGUCCGCUUGCCAGCCCUUGGUUUGCAACUGUCAACAUCGCUGCUGGUUUCGCUCUUAUCAUGUAUAUAAUUACCCCCAUUGCUUAUUGGCUUAAUGUCUUCAAGGCUAAGAACUUCCCGAUAUUCUCAGAUGGCUUGUUUACUUCUACUGGCCAGAGUUAUAACAUUUCAGCUAUUAUAGACUCCAACUUCCACAUUGACAUGGAGGCAUAUGAGCGUGAGGGCCCUCUGUAUCUUAGCACCGUCUUUGCCAUGUCUUAUGGAGUUGGCUUUGCUUGCUUGACUGCCACUGUUGUUCAUGUUAUCAUCUUUAACGGGAGAGAAAUUUGGCAACUAAGCAAGUCUGCCUUUCGUGAGAAGAAGAUGGAUGUGCAUACCAAGCUCAUGAGAAAAUACAAGCAAGUACCUGAAUGGUGGUUCACGUGCAUCCUUGCAGUAAACAUUUCGGCAACCAUAUUUACAUGCCAGUAUUACAACGAUCAACUUCAGCUGCCAUGGUGGGGUAUUUUGUUAGCUUGUGGUCUAGCCAUAUUCUUCACUCUUCCUGUUGGAGUUAUUGCUGCCACAACAAAUCAGACACCAGCUUUGAAUAUAUUUACAGAAUAUAUAAUCGGGUACAUAUACCCAGGGUAUCCUGUUGCUAGUAUGUGCUUUAAAGUUUAUGGUUACAUUAGUAUGAAACAAGGGAUCACCUUUUUGCAAGACUUCAAACUUGGUCAUUACAUGAAGAUUGCUCCUAGAGCCAUGUUCAUAGCUCAGGUGGGUGGUACAAUGAUCUCAGCAUUUGCGCAUUUAGGAACAGCAUGGUGGCUUAUGGCUACAGUUCCAGACAUAUGCAACAGAGAAUUGCUUCCUACUGGCAGCCCAUGGACCUGUCCUAGUGAUCAUGUGUUCUACGACGCCUCUGUUAUCUGGGGGCUAAUCGGACCUCGCAGAAUUUUUGGUGAUCUUGGCUACUACUCUGCCAUAAACUGGUUCUUCUUAGCUGGAGCUGUGGCUCCUGUCCUUGUUUGGCUUGCAACUAAGACUUUCCCAAACAAGCCAUGGAUAAAACUUAUUACAAUGCCUGUGCUCUUGGGUGCGACGGUCAACAUGCCGCCAGCCACUGCUGUCAACUACACCAGUUGGGUUCUCAUUGGAUUUGCCUCUGGUUUUAUUGCUUACAGAUACCAUCGUGGUUGGUGGAGUCGCCAUAACUAUGUUCUCUCUGGCGCACUUGAUGCUGGUUUGGCCUUCAUGGCGGUACUGCUAUACUUGUGCUUAGGAAUGGAGCAUGUCAGCCUUAGCUGGUGGGGAAGUGAUUCGGAUAGAUGUCCUUUGGCUUCUUGCCCAACCGCCUAAGGGAUCAUCGUUAAAGGCUGCCCUGUUUUCUGAGCGAAGCAAGUGUUCAGCUUAAGCUCUUUCGAGUAAUUUAUAGCACUCGUGUAAUUCUUUGUCCAUAGCCCAUUUGCAAAUAAGCUUGUAAUUUGUGUCGUGAAUUUUUUUUUUAAUUCUUAAUUAUAAUAUAAUUUUUUUUUGUCACAA